GCAUAUACCCUCCCCAUAUCACCACCACUCCCCACUCCCACCUCAAACCAAUCAUGUCUUCUGCUACUUGGCGCCAAUUCUUCUCGUACAACCGCUACACCUCCAUUUGCGGUAGGGCUACCCGAUCUGCACUCAAGGAGGGAGAGAGGGUAAAGGCAGAGCGAAGGGGUGAUACUUCUCUGAGGUACCAGGAAUGGAAGGAGGGAAAGGCUGGAGAACAGCGAUCCGUCAAGGAGCAACAACAAAAGUCUGCCUAGACACCCUCUAGGGCAUAGGGCAAGGGCAGCAGCGGUCACGGCCACGACAUCAUUGACAGA